AUCCGUAUCCAACCUCUUGAAAUGACGCUGAAGCAGUAAGCACCAGCACUCGAGCCACUGGAGAGGGCGCGCGCGAGGACGCAGCGUCAUAACGUCUAUUUAAUCCCCGAUUGUGAUCUGUCUUUGGUUCUAAUAGGUCUAACAAAGGAUCAUAAUUGUCAUCUUCCAAAGGGACUUCCUUAAACCCGAGACUCGUCAGGACAACUCACCCGAAUCUACUGCGUAGAGAAGAAAUGAUCAACACUCAAGCAAGAGUGGUACUUGUGGAUUCAGCUUGUGUGCUCCGCUGGCUCAGGCAGCAAGCUCCAGGGCCUCAGUGGUGUUCCGAUGCUCCUCACCCACAGGGGAUGAAUACAGCUGGGCUAAGCACGAGCAGGGAUCUGACUCAAGAUGUGCUCCUUCUUAAGGAUGGGAAGUUAACUGUGAAACAGCAGGUGACCUUACUGGACAACAAAUCAUCUAUUCUGCAUUUUCAGUAUCAGCUAAGUGAGCAGUUGUCAUGGAGUAUGCAGACUGUGUUCUCUGGCCGCAGCCUCUUUGUUGGUUUACCAAAUGGAGAACUUCUUAAAGGCACCAAAGAAGGGCUCACUGCUGUUUUGGAGUUUGCAGAGGAGAAACUGAAGAUCAACCAUGUAUUUGUGUGGUUCAUGAAGAACAGGCCUGAUAAAUUGCUCCUCACCAGAACAUUCUGCUACCUUGGCUUUGAGCUUGUAAAACAAGAUCAUCUAAUAGCAUCCAUUGCUGGAGAUUUGCAUCUUAUGGUCUACACUAUACAACAAACUCACCCAUCAGAAGAAUGACUAAAAGGCCUGUGGUCACACAUAAUUCUUGUAGACUGUUGCUAAAUCCACUAAAUGCAAAAUCAGUAAACAGUAGUUAUUGUUCAAAACUAACAUUGUAAAGGCGCAUUCAGGGUAAUUCAGUGACUGAAAAAAGUAAUAGAGUAAUGUUAACCUUACUGAUCAUUUAAAGAGACACACAUUUUCACACUGAACAUUUAAAUGUGUUUAAAUAUCAAAAUGGCAAUAUAACUGGUUUGUUGUGUGUGUGUAAAUGGCUGAUAAUAACUCACAUAUCAUGCCUGUGAUAUAUGCAUUGAAGAGUGAUCCUUGUGUUCUCAGUGGAUGAGUUUUAUCUCAUCCAAUGACAAAAUUGUAUUUAUGACAAAAAAAAAUGUAAUCUGAAUUAUAGCAAUGUAAUGUGAAUUUUUAUUUCACUCAGUGAAUCAGUAAUUGACAUGGUCUCAGUGAAACUACAAAUAAAACAACUUAAUAAAUGAACAUAA